AUGCUGCCCAGACGUCCUCUUUCAAAGGUUCUGGUUAAUACAGAGCGUCCUAGUGAGAAGAGGAAGUCGCCGUUUGUCGAUACAAAUUCUCGGCUCCCGACAACGCCUCCAAAAUGCAAGACACUUCUGUUGGCUGAUUUCGAGUUUGGCAAGGUGCUUGGAAAGGGCAAGCUAGGCAAGGUUUAUUGCGUGAAACAUCGUGAAUCGGGCCUUGUGUGUGCUAUCAAGGCCAUGAGCAAGAAGGAUUUGGUCAAUUUGAAGCUUGAAAAGAACCUCAGGAGGGAGAUAGAGAUCCAGAGAGACUUGGUGCAUCCAAACAUAUCACGGCUCUAUGGGUAUUUUUACGAUGAAACGAAUGUUUACUUGAUUCUCGAGUACGCUUUGUACGGGGAGGUGUACCAGAUUCUUAAGACACGGCGCCGGUUUGACGAAACAACAGCUUCCAGGUAUAUCUACCAGGUUUCGUCAGGUCUCCAGUAUUUGCACUCCCACAACGUCAUUCACAGGGAUAUCAAGCCAGAAAACAUCUUAUUGCUGGAUAUGGGCGAGGUGAAGCUUAGCGAUUUCGGCUGGUCCGUGAAACUGGACCCAUUGUCCCAGAAAAGGCUUACAGUGUGUGGUACGCUAGAUUACCUUUCUCCAGAGAUGGUAGAAUCCCGUUCUCAUGAUUUUGCCGUGGAUAUCUGGCUGUUGGGCAUUUUGACAUACGAGUUUUUGGUUGGCAGGCCGCCAUUUGAAGAUGACGAUAAGGGAACCACAUAUAAAAGAAUAGCCCGGGUUGACCUAAAGAUCCCCAGUUUCCUCAGCGAAGAAGCAGCUGAUUUCAUAACUCAGCUUCUACAGAAAAAUCCCAGACAACGUCUUUCGUUGGCAGACGUGGCAAGCCAUCCGUGGAUGGAAAAGCAUAAAGCUCACUGGAGCAAAUAA